CUCAUCUCCAACAUCAUCCAGCUGCUGACUGGAGAGAAGUGGGAGAAUUUAAAAAAAGACCUAAUUAAAGAAAUGACAAAGGAAGAGCCCCAGCAGCUCCGCCCACUGGACGGUGAAUAUGAAGAUAAGAGAGAGAUUCCAGCUGAUCUGGGAGGAACAUUAUGUUAUAAUAAUGAGCCAAGCAAGAUUGGGGCUGAAGGAGCAGAUUUUUGUGCCGACGGAAAUCUCACAAACCCUGAAAUUUCUCCAGUGGAACAGCUCCUACCAGCUAACAGUACUAAACAGGAGGCGGCUUCAUGUGAAGGGGAAAACCAAUCAGAUUGCAGCAUUAAUCCCCUUACAGAACAGAUACAGGGAACAGACACACCUACUGCUAUCAUGGGGUGCAGCCUGAAUAACAGCUCGGCAUAUAACUAUAUAUCGGAUGAUAUAAAAGAGGAGGCGGCUUCAUGGGAAGAAGGAAACGUUUCUGAUUUUAGGAUUAUUACUGUUUCAGAAACAAUACAAGAAACCAAUACAUCUGCUCUUUUCACGGGCUGCAGCCUAAAUACCAGCUUGGCAGACAGUGACGUAUCAAAUGGUAUUAAAGAAGAAUCCACUUCAUGGGAAGGGGGAAACCAAUCAGAUUGCAGCAUUAAUCCCCUUACAGAACAGAUACAGGGAACAGACACACCUACUCCCAGCAUUGUGAUGUAUAACUGUUCUGAGUGCCAAAAACACUUUAGAACUAAGGCCGGUCUGCUCAAGCAUCAGAAAACUCACACAGGAACAAAACCAUUUGUCUGUUCUGUGUGUGAGAAAUGUUUUGCGUGGCAUUCAGAUCUUCUUGUACAUCAGAGAAGCCACACAGGGGAGAAACCGUUCUCUUGUUCUGUAUGUGGGAAACGUUUUGCUCGUCGCUCGCACCUUACUGAGCAUAACAGAACUCACACAGGGGAGAAACCCUAUUCUUGCGCUGUGUGUGGGGAAACUUUCUCAUAUCAUUCUCAAAUUAAUAACCACUACAAAAUACACAGAGGAGAGAAAUCAUUUAUAUGUUCUCAAUGUGGGAAACAUUUUACAUCUCACUCCGACUUUAUUGUACAUCAAAAAAGUCACACAGUGGAGAGACCGUUCUCUUGCACUGAAUGUGGGAAAGAUUUUAUAUCCCACUCCGACCUUAUUGUACAUCGAAGAAGUCACACAGUGGAGGGACCUUUCUUUUGUACCGAAUGUGGGAAACGCUUUAAAUUUCACUCACAACUUACCGUACAUCAGAGAGUCCAUACCGGAGAGAGACCUUAUUCUUGUUCCGAAUGUGGGAAAGAAUUUAAAGAUCUCUCAAACCUCAAAGUACAUUUGAGAAUUCACACAGGGGAGAAACCAUUUCCUUGUUCUCUAUGUGAGAAGAGCUUUGUUCGUCGCUCGGAUCUUGAUAGACACCACAGCCUUCACAAAGGAGAAAAACCAUUUUCAUGUUCUCAGUGUGAGAAGCAUUUCACUUGUGCCUCAGACCUCUAUGUACAUCGCAGAGUUCACACCGGAGAGAGACCGUACUCUUGUUCUGAGUGUGGGAAAUGUUUCAAGCAUCACUCAAACCUUACUGUACAUCAGAGAACUCACACAGGGGAGAAACCUUUUUCUUGCUCUGAAUGUGGGAAAUGUUUUAAAGAUCGCUCAAGUCUCAACGUACACCAAACGAUUCACACAGGGGAGAAGCCGUUUUCUUGUCCUGAGUGCGGAAAACGUUUCAGCAAUCGCGCGGGCCUUAGAAUCCAUAAAAAAAUUCACACUGGUGUGAAACCAUUUGCUUGUUCUGAGUGUGGGAAAUGUUUCAUCCGUUGCUCAGACCUGACUGUACAUCGGCGAGUUCACACAGGGGAGAAACCAUUCACUUGCACCGAAUGUGGGAAAUGUUUUGCACGACGUUCCCAGCUCACUGCACAUUCCCAGUUGCACAAGAGAGUCAUCCCUAAGAAGAAGAGCCCAACUGUGGGUUUGGGGGCCCUGCAUGCCCCUGGCUCCGUCAUACAGAAGGAAAAUGACAAGAAGAUCCUGGAACUCAUCUCCAACAUCAUCCAGCUGCUGACUGGAGAGGAAUGGAAUAUUCUAAAGGGAAAAAAGUCCAUUCACAAGAAGGGCAUCAAGAAGAAUCCCCGGAAGCUCCACCCACUCUACGGUGAAUAUGAAGAUAAGAGAGAGAUUCCAGCUGAUCUGGGAGGAACAUUAUGUUAUAAUAAUGAGCCAAGCAAGAUUGGGGCUGAAGGAGCAGAUGGAAAUCCCACAAGCCCUGAAAUGUCUCCAGCAGAACAGCCCUCACCGACCAAUGGGAUAAAAGAGGAAAUGGCUUCAUGUGAAGGGGGAAACCAAUCCGAUGACAGCAUUAAUUCACUUACAGAAGAGCUGCAGCGAACAGAUUCACCUACUCCCAGCAUGGAAGACGGCCAUAAUGACAGCUUGAGAGAGAAUUAUGUAUCAGUUGUUAUCAAAGAUGAACCACAUUCAUGGAACAAGGGAAACCAAUCAGAUUGCGGCAUUAAUUCUCUUACAGAACAGGGGGAUGGUACACCUAUCCCUAUAAAUGACAACUGGUUAGGUAUGAAAGGCAGCCUGGCUUCAUAUGACCAUUUAUUUACCAGUAUGAAUACAUUGUCAGGAGAGGGACAGGGAACCAGUACAUCUGCUGCCUCGCACCAAGACAGACCUCUCUUCACAGGGCUGUACGAAUGCUGCGAGUGUGACCAACAUUUUAUGACCAAAGGCGGCCUUGUCCGCCAUCGGAAAACUCACGCAGCCACCAAACAGUUCACCUGUCCCCUGUGUGAGAAAUCUUUCACGCGGGAAGCGGAACUUGUCAUACAUCACCGAAGUCACACGGGGGAGAAACCAUUUUCCUGCCCAGAAUGCGGGAAGUGUUUUUCUCGCCUGUCGUACCUAAACAGACACCAAGGAAUACACAGCGGAGAGAAACCAUUCAAUUGUUCUCAGUGUGGGAAACAGUUUCGAUAUCUCUCGGAGCUUAGCGUCCACUGCCGGAGUCACACGGGGGAGAGACCAUUCUCUUGUAAUGAAUGUGGGAAACAGUUCAAACAUCAGUCAAACCUGAUUAUACAUAACAGACUCCAUACGGGGGAGAGACCCUUUAUGUGUGCUGAGUGCGGGAACGAUUUUAAAGACCGCAAAAGCCUUAACGUGCACAAGAGAAUUCACACAGGGGAGAAACCAUUCACUUGCAGUCAUUGUGGCAAGAGUUUUGCUCAUCGCUCCUACUUUAAUAGACACCUCAUACUUCACGAAGACGAAAAAGCAUUUGCUUGUCCGCACUGCGAUAAACACUUCACAUCCCGCUCGCACCUCCACGUCCAUCUUCGAGUUCACACAGGGGAGAAACCGUACUCCUGCUCCGACUGUGGGAAAUGCUUCACCCACCACUCGCACCUUACGGUACAUUACAGAACACACACGGGGGAGAAACCGUUUCCUUGCUUGGACUGCGGGAAGCGCUUUAAAGAUCGCUCAAACCUUAGAGUUCAUCGUAGAACUCACACGGGGGAGAGGCCGUUUUCCUGCACUGAAUGCGGGAGGUGCUUCACGCGCCGCUCUCUGCUGACCGCGCAUUUUCAGUUUCACGCCAGAGAAAGAGAAUAUCUUGAAAAUGAGUGUAUGCUGGCAAUGAUGAGCGAGAAAAGCAACGACGUUGGUGCUGAUAACUGAUCAUUUCCUUUUGCUUACCAUAUGUCCAACCUUGAAUAGACGGGAACCUCUAUUCCACUUUUGUUUUAGGCGGAAGUCCCCCCCCACCCCCGAACGAUUUGCGCUUCAGUAGGAUAGUUACAGUUUUACUAACACUUAUUUAUCAGCGCCAUCAUCUACUGUAUUAUCUGAUCCCGCUGUUUUGAACUAUCAAUAAAGCCAGAGGUCAUACCUACUUUUAAACUGUAGGGAGCUGGGUAAUUAGCUCUAGGGGUGCCAAUGUAGGGACGGGGGCCAGCUGAAGGCCAACCAGGGUGACCAUUGAGAAUGAUCAUUUACUGUGUGGACUUUUUCUGAAACUAGGGGUAUAAUAGAAGCCAAACAGUGAAUGAAACUGCAUGCCAUGUAUAGAUUUGGGCCGAAUCAUUAGCACGUACUCUUAUGAAAUAUUUAGCUGGUGCCGUAUUUACUCUGUGCACUUGGCCAUUAAAGGUGAAGUUGGCGCUGUAUUUGUACUAAUACUUGUUCUUGAGUAUUAAAGGUGAAAUUGGCAGCACUGGGUUCGUACGUGUAUUCUUGGCCAUUUAGGAAUAUGUUUGUAUUGCAGUUUUACCGCUGUGUGUUCGGGGGCCUUGCACUGAAUUGAAACUGAUUAAAAAAAAAUAUGAA